AUGCCUUCGUCCAGGUCACAUACCGAUCACGCGGAGCCGGGCUCCUCACGCGACCGUCACACUUCUUCCACCCACAAACGGCGAGAGCGCUCGGGAUCCAAGGAGCGACACACAGACAGCCAUUCAAAGCGACACAGAGAAGACGACGACGAUAGUCGAGGUCACAGCUCCCGCUCGCACGACCGCUCAGACAGACGACACAGGCCCGACCACGAGCGCAGCCACAGAGAUCGAGACCGGGACCACGACCGAUCGGGCCGUUCAAGGCAUGAGCGCGAUGCACAUCGUCACGAACGCAGCUCAAAACGGCGCGAGACGUCCGAGGAGCGCCGCGUCCGCAAAGCUGCAAAGCGAGCCGACAAGCUCAAGCAGCUCCAAGACAGCUUUGCCGACGAAGAGACCUCGGCUGCCGAGCGCACAGCCGUAGCAGAGCUCAUGAUGUAUUCGGCCGAGGACAAUCCUUUCAACGACGCCAAUCUGGGUCAAAAGUUCAAGUGGGGCAAGAAGGAGGACAAGGAGCGCAAGCAGGGCCUUACGCGAGAAGACGCCGAGAGACGCGAUGCCGAGCGCCGCCGAGAGGCCAUGGCCGAGAUCGAGAAGCUCAACGCGAAACGUGCCGAGCGCGAAGCGCAGGCGGCUCUGCGUGAAGAAGAGGAGUCUCGCAUGGCUCGUCUUGCCGAGUCCGCACAGAUGGCCAGCUGGGUCGCCAAGGAGGACGACUUCUACCUCGAACAGGCGCACCGCCGCGCCGUCAUCCGCGUCAAGGAGAACCGCGCCAAGCCGAUCGAUCUGCUGAGCAUCAAUCUCAAAUGGGCCGACCCCAACAUCGUCGCCGAGCACGAAAACAAGCAGGAUGACGACGACGACGAGGCGGGUCUCGAGAUCGACCUGGACGAGCCAUACUCGAUCUUCGAGGACCUCAGUCUCGAGGAGACACAAGAGCUUCAUCAGGAUAUCCAGAUGUACCUCUCGCUCGACAAGCAAGACUCCAACCUCGACUUCUGGCGAUCCAUGCUCAUCGUGUGCGACGACAAGCUCGAAGAGCUCAACGAGGAGCAGGCUAGUGCCACUGCGCCGGGCGUCGAUGUGGCAUCCAAUGCGCGCCAGGAUCCCGAAGAGCGCGGGCGGAUCAACACGAUGCUCGCUUCCAAGACAACCGACGAGCUGCAUCAGCUGCAGGAGCACGUGCGUGCCAAGCUGGCUUCCGGCGAGCCUGUCGAUGUCGAGUACUGGGAGAGGGUGCUCAAGUCGAUCGUGGUGUGGCGCGCCAAGGCGCGGCUUCGAGAUAUGCACGAAGCGGUGCUCUCGAAUCGCCUCGAGUAUCUGCGUCGCAAGCAGCGCGACGAAGCGGUACGACACGAGCAGGAGCUCGUGCAUCAGACGGGCGCGGCCAUGAACGACGAGGACGCAGAGGCGUUGGAUCAGCCCGAUGACGCUAGGGCCCAAGCCGAGGCGCAAGAGGCUGCGCUGGAAGCGCUCUUUGAUGCGGACGAGAUGGAGCCGCGACCGAUCGAUGAGUCGCGCCUGAGCUACGAAGACCGUCGUCUGGCGGUGCGCGACCUGCGUGCGGACCUGGAAGAGCUUGUGCAGGCUCGGCGACAGGUGACGCAGCAGCUCUUUAUCCCCAAGGUGCGUGCUACCGAAGCGUCUCCCGACGCGCCUGGCACCGACGAGAAUGCGGCGGAACGCAUGUUCAUGCAGGAAGCCAGCCGGGCGCUCGAUGUGAGCGAGGAGGUGAUGGACGGGCAGGCCGAAGUGGUUUCGCACCAGACGUACCAGUGGGAGGACAAGUAUCGACCGCGCAAGCCGCGCUUCUUCAACCGCGUGCACACCGGUUUCGACUGGAACAAGUACAACCAGACGCACUACGACUCGGACAAUCCGCCACCCAAGACGGUGCAGGGCUACAAGUUCAACAUCUUCUAUCCGGACCUCAUCGACAAGACGGUGGCGCCUACUUACAAGAUCACCAAGGAAGCCGGGCAGGACGAUACCGUGCUGCUGCGAUUCAGUGCGGGACCGCCGUACGAGGAUAUCGCGUUCCGCAUCGUGAAUCGCGAGUGGGAGUAUAGCCACAAGCGAGGAUUCCGGAACAGUUUUGAUCGAGGCGUGCUGCAGCUGCACUUUAACUUUAAGCGGCUGCGGUAUCGCAAGUAG